AUGCUUUUGGGCACUGGCAACGUGGAGAAGAUGUGGUCUGCCCAGCUGUGUCUGGGAGUGUUAACCAUCCUGACCAUGGCUCUGUGUGCCACAUCUACACAUGGAGACCCUUUUUUACUCCAAGGUAAGCUGGAAUACAGGCAACAUGACACAGAGAACCGAGUGCUUCCAGAGAGAGAAGACACAAAUCAUGAGGACACAUUGCUGACUCUGCUUCUUAAUAAGAAAUUCGCAUGGCGGAGGCCAGAAAAUAUUGACUGGGAGCUAGCAAAGAAAUUUGAAGAGCUUGAAGAGCUGGAGAAGUUGAAGGAUCAGCUCUCAACUGAGGAUGGGUCAGAGGUGGCCUAUGCCUUGGAAAGUCUCUCAGCAUCCCAACCCAAAAAACGCGCGUGCUUUUGGAAAUACUGCAUCUGA